UAACGCUGUCGUAGUCGCUGCACCCAACUUGAAAAUAUUCUUUACUAGAAUAGCAGAAAAGCUGAUCGCUGUAAAAUGCCGGACGACAUGUAUUCUUAUCCAGACUCACCGCCAGGAACCCCUAAUGGUAUUUCUCAGGUGGCAAGGGUGCCAAGGCUUAGUGAUGUUCAUCCUCAAACAUGUAACAGUCACAUGGAGAGAGAUGCGGUGGAAACUUUGUUGUCCAUGAGCAAGAAUUCUCCAAGCAGGUCCCAAUGUGAACCUGAGUAUGAGACAAGUACCAUUCCAUAUGUGAGGGAUGUUGAGGGCUGUGUUUUCCCUCCAUCACCCCCGCUGUCAAAUGGAUCGGCCUCACCGCAGCACUCAUUGGACGGCGACAUACACACAGUAUCCCCUGGUUUGCGAAAAGAAUCUAGGCUGGCAAAGUUACUGAUGGGUGGCUCUCCAUGCAGUAAUUUGUCAGCUCCCAACUCUAACCAAAGUGGAACUACACAAGUCAAGUCAUCACAGUCUGUGUCUGUAAUUGUGUCACCAAAGACGUCUAGGGAAACACUGAAUUCAUCCACUGUGUCAGCAGAAAUCAGAGUUCCUCAGGGAUCUAAUCAUUUAACAACAUACCCACUAAAACCAAGAAGUGAACAACUACAUAAUUCUUCAUCGUCAACAUCUGCACCUUCUAACAACUUUACUAUUUCACAUGACAAGGCUACCUCAGAUUUUGUAGCAGCUCCUGUUUCGAAUGGAAGUCCAUCAGCCAAUAGCAUCCCACUACUACAAGUGAUGCCCAUGCCCAUUGCCAUGACAACAGCAGCUUCAUUUUCAUCCUCCAGUCAAAUACAAGUGCAGUCUGUUCCUGUGAUGCUCGCCCCUUUGCAGGGGGGGCUGGUUCCCUUCGCUCCUCCGCCUAUUGUCAUUGUCGUAAACAAUGGGGAUAAUUCCAUGCAGGCCUGCAGCCGACCAGACCUCUCACGAUCACCACGGGAUAAACUUUGUCCAAUUGCCCCAGCCAAAAUGGCAGGAGAAAGCAUGGCAAUGGAGGAAAUCGCAACUCCUGAAUAUGUGCGGAAGAGGAGCCAUCGAUGUACUCACAAGGGCUGCAACAAAACCUACUUCAAGAGCUCACACCUUAAGGCCCACUUCCGAACACAUACAGGUGAAAAGCCAUUUGUAUGCUCCUGGCCGUCCUGUAACCGGUGCUUCGCCAGGUCAGACGAACUGUCCCGUCACAAACGCACGCACACCGGAGAAAAGAACUUCACAUGUCCACUGUGUGGGCGAAAGUUCAUGCGCAGUGACCAUCUGGCCAAGCAUCUGAAAAGACACUCCAGUGCAAAGAAGAUACCAAACUGGCAAAUGGAGGUUAAUAGACUCACUGAAAACCCAGAUUCUGGUCGGGGUUUGGCUAGUUGUUCUCCACCAGGCGGUGUUAUUGUGAAAAACAGAACUCUGGGAAGUUCAGGAUGAUCAUAUCUCAUUCAGUCCUGGGGAUUUUAGCGUUUCUUCCUCAUUGUCUAAUUUAAUUGAUAUUAGCUCUAUGCUUACCAGCAGCAACAUUGAUUCAUUUUCCUUUUUUUUUUCUUUUUUUUUUUUCAAAAGCUGUUUUCCAUACUGUCUUUGCAAGUCUUGUGAUAUUAAUGAUGUUAAGCAAAAAGAAGCCUAAGAAGGUGUAAUAAUAUCUGUUUCGUGUGUAAUGCUUCAUUUUCCAAUUUUUUUUUAAGUGCAUUCGUUGUCGCAUAAGCCAGUGUUUGACAUGUGUAAACGAAAAUUGUAUUUAAAAAAAAUAGACAGACUUUAAAGCUUACAUGUGCCUGAAGUUAUAAAACUGUCUAAAUUUGUACACAUUUAUCAGCAUGUAGUGCUGUACAGUCUUAUGAUGGGGGCCUCUGUGGCUCAGUUGGUUAGCCCACUAGCGCAGAGUAAUCACCCAGGAGCCUAUCCCCAAUGCGGUCACUGCGAGUUGAAGUCCAGCUCAGGCUGGCUUCCUCUCUGGCCGUAUGUUGGAAGGUCAGCCAGCAACUUGCGGAUGGUCAUGAGUUUUCACUGAGCUCUGCCCGGUUUCCUCCCACCUUAAUGCCGGUCGCCGUUGUAUAAGUGAAAUAUUCUUGAGUAAGGUGUAAAACUCCAAUCAAAUAAAUAAAUAAAUACAGUCUUACGACAGUCUACUGACUAUUUGUCUGUGUUACAGACAAAUACUCUACGAAAUGAAAAUGUACAGAAAUGACUUGCUAGUAACAGACAAAUUUGCUGUAGGGUAAAACACAGCUGUAUGCAGCUAUUGGCUUGCAGAUCCUUCUAUGAACUGCUGUAUGGAAUGAUCACUGAUAUAUGUUUCUCGUUUUUGCUAUGAUCUUUUUCUUAUCAUGUGGAAGCACUCAUAAACUGGAAAGUUAAAGGAAAAUACAAACUGUAUGGUAUUUUUUCAAAAGAAUAAAGAAAAAGAGUUCUUCCAGUUUCUAUGAUCAUUUGGAUAAUUCCUUUUAUACUUUUUUUAAAUGGCCAGACCAAACUAAGCAGAAGGUUAACUGUGUAUUUGUAUGUGUUUUAUGUAUUGUGCCCUUCCACUCGUGUAGUGAAAGAAUAAGUCAUAUUAUUGUCUGUCCAGUGUAUUUAUCCUUGGAUGCUAGCAACACGUGUUGUUCAUAUCUGUACCUUUUUCUAGGAAUUUGUCAACAUCACUUCCUCUGGUGAUGCCAUUCUUAUAUUUAUUUUCUUUACUUUUUAUAUUUGCACGUUAAUAAUAAGAUUUCUAUACAUGCAUAUUGUAAGGACAUCUGUAAAUAUAUUUAUAAAUGUCAUGAUGCUACAAAAUACUGCCUCGUGUGUGUCAUAAAGUUGGUAAGCGAGACGAAUGCUUAGAUAUUCACAACUGGUAUGUAGCUUGAAAACUAAAUUUGACAUCGGAUCCAGUUGGUGCUGUGCAGUUUAAAACACGCGAGGACUGUCGUUUUGACAGUACUGACAAGUUGUACUUACAACAA